CUCUCCCUCCCUCUUUGAUACCCCCAAACACCUCAAAGCUCUCUCUCAAAGCUUCUCUUCCAACCACAGCUCCCAUCUCUCACAAGUAAUGGCUUCCUACGCAGACAUGGCCGCCAAGGGCCCCAAGCAGACUCCCGAGGAGGCCGCCGCUCCCCCUCCCCCCGAAAUCUCAGUCGACUCCACCGCCUCCACCUCCUCCCUCGUCGACGUCGACAUGCCGAGCGUGCACACCGUCCCCAACGACUUCCUCGAGCAGGAGAUCCAGACAGACACCCAAGCCGACCGCGUCGAGCGCGAAGAAAAGGCCCGCGCCGAGGCCGACCUCGCCAAGAAGAAGGCCGCCUCCAAGGCCCGUAAGGCCGACUCGUGGCUCAAGCGCCAGUUUUCUUCUCUGUCCGACGGCAGCGCCAGCGCCCUCGUCGUCUCCAACCUCGUCGGUGUCGUCGGCCUCAGCGCCUUCCUCGGAUACAAGGCUUGGGGUCUGUACGAGCGCGGCCGUCUGUCGUGGCAGAGCGUCGGCUUGGGAUUGGGCAUCCUUGGUGUUGUUGGCCUGGGUGAGGGUAUCUUUGGAAGCUACCUGUACAAGACCAAAGGCAAGAAAUAAAGAGACAAGCGCGCGCCGGGGACGACG